GGUGGGUUAUAAAGUCUUCUAAUGAAGCUGCUCACACUGCUCCACAGCAUGGCAUGAAGAAGGCGUUUCUGAGCGAGCUGAAAGCUGAGAACAUCAAGGAAUUCUUGUAUAAUUUUACACGAGUACCGCAUUUAGCAGGAACAGAACAAAACUUGCACCUCACAAAGCAAAUUCAGUCGCAGUGGAAAGAAUUUGGCCUGGAUUCUGUUGAGUUAGUCCACUAUGAUGUCCUGUUGUCCUACCCAAACGAGACUCACCCCAACUACAUCUCAGUCAUCAGUGACGACGGAAAUGAGGUUUUCAACACGUCGUUAUCUGAGCCCCCUCCACCAGGGUAUGAAAACGUCUCGGGCGUGGUACCGCCUUUCAGCGCCUUCUCCCCGCAAGGAGUGCCGGAGGGGGAUCUAGUGUAUGUCAAUUAUGCACGAACUGAAGACUUCUUUAAACUGGAGCGGGACAUGAAGAUUAAUUGCGCUGGGAAGAUUGUGAUUGCCAGAUAUGGGAAAAUUUUCAGAGGAAAUAAGGUUAAAAAUGCGCAGCUGGCAGGGGCCAAAGGAGUCAUUCUGUACUCAGACCCUGCUGAUUACUUUGCUCCUGGGGUGGCAUCCUAUCCAGAUGGAUGGAACCUUCCUGGAGGUGGUGUCCAGCGUGGAAAUAUCUUAAAUCUUAAUGGCGCAGGGGACCCACUCACACCAGGUUACCCAGCAAAUGAAUAUGCUUAUAGGCGUGAAAUUACAGAGGCUGUUGGCAUUCCAAAUAUUCCUGUUCAUCCAAUUGGAUACUAUGAUGCACAGAGACUGCUAGAACGUAUGGGCGGCUCCGCACCCCCAGACAGCAGCUGGAAAGGAGGCCUCAGAGUGCCCUACAAUGUGGGACCUGGCUUUACCGGCAACUUUUCUACACAAAAAGUCAGAAUGCACAUCCACUCCGACAGUAAAGUGACCAGAAUUUACAACGUGAUUGGUACGCUCCGGGGAGCGGUGGAACCAGAUAGAUAUGUCAUCCUCGGGGGGCACCGAGACUCGUGGGUGUUUGGUGGCAUCGACCCUCAGAGCGGGGCAGCGGUGGUUCAUGAAAUUGUGCGAAGCUUUGGAACCCUGAAAAAGGAAGGGUGGAGGCCGAGAAGAACAAUUUUGUUUGCAAGCUGGGAUGCAGAAGAAUACGGUCUUCUUGGUUCUACUGAGUGGGCAGAGGAGAAUUCCAGGCUCCUUCAAGAGCGUGGUGUGGCCUAUAUUAAUGCUGAUUCUUCUAUAGAGGGAAACUACACUCUAAGGGUUGACUGUACACCACUGAUGUACAGCUUGGUAUACAAUCUAACAAAAGAGCUGCAAAGCCCGGAUGAAGGCUUUGAAGGAAAAUCCCUCUAUGAGAGCUGGAGUGAGAAAAGUCCUUCCUCUGCGCUCAGUGGCAAACCCAGGAUUAGCAAGUUGGGGUCUGGUAAUGAUUUUGAAGUGUUCUUCCAAAGGCUUGGGAUCGCUUCAGGCAGAGCACGGUAUACCAAAAAUUGGGAAACAAACAAAUUCAGCAACUACCCACUCUAUCACAGCGUCUAUGAAACUUACGAGUUGGUGGAAAGAUUUUAUGAUCCCACAUUUAAAUAUCACCUCACUGUGGCGCAGGUCCGGGGAGGGCUGGUGUUUGAACUGGCCACUUCCGUGCUGCUCCCUUUCAAUUGUCAAGAUUAUGCUGCAGUUUUAAAAAAAUAUGCUGACAAGAUCUACAAUAUUUCUAUGAAAUAUCCACAGGAAAUGCAAGCACACAGCGUCUCGUUUGAUUCACUGUUUUCUGCAGUAAAUAAUUUUACAGAAAUAGCUUCUCAGUUCAACAAGCGACUUCAACACUUAGAAGAAAGCAACCCAAUUUUAUUGAGAAUUAUGAAUGAUCAACUGAUGUUUCUGGAACGAGCAUUCAUUGAUCCUUUAGGGUUACCAGAUAGGCCUUUCUAUAGGCAUAUCAUCUAUGCUCCAAGCAGCCACAACAAGUAUGCGGGGGAGUCGUUCCCAGGGAUUUACGAUGCUCUCUUUGAUAUUGAAAGCAAAGCAGACCCUUCCAAGGCCUGGGCAGAAGUGAAGAGACAGAUUUCUAUUGCAGCCUUCACAGUGCAGGCUGCAGCAGGGACACUGAGAGAAGUAGCCUAGGAGGGUUCGAAAAGAGGGCCUGCUGAACUGCUGUGAUCCACUGAAAAAUAAAAGCGUGAGACUAUAGG